UUGAUGACGCAAACGCGCACUGCAAAGCUAUUUACGUUACCUUCGAGACGGCCCAGUUAAUGGAGUCACGCGGCCACGCCAAUAAAACAAAUGAGACCGUAGCAGAUGUAAAGGGGAUUUUUUUUUUUACUUUAAAUAGAUCAUCGGUCACAGAUAGAUGCUGUCUAGAUUGCAAUGACCGCAAAUGAAUAGUUUUAAGCUAAAUAAUUGGCUCGUUUGCAGCUGUCUUGCCGUAUCAACACAAGGGCCUAUGUAGCUAGCUAGCUAGUUAGCGCUCAUUCCUCAACUGCAGUAAAUUAACAGGCGUGUCGUUUUAUUUUAUUUUAUCUGUAACGCAGCUUAUCUGCUUUGCCAACAAGACACGACAAUGGCGGAACAGGGUGCUGCGGCCAUGCAGAAUUUGGACAGGAGCUGCUGGGUGUGCUUUGCCACAGAUGAGGACGACCGCACAGCAGAGUGGGUGCGUCCGUGUCGCUGCCGGGGCUCGACCAAGUGGGUUCACCAGGCCUGUCUGCAGCGCUGGGUGGACGAGAAGCAACGAGGCAACAGCACGGCACGCGUGGCCUGCCCACAGUGCAACGCAGAAUACCUCAUCGUCUUUCCCAAACUGGGCCCCGUGGUUUACGUGCUGGAUCUGGCCGACCGGCUCAUCUCUAAGGCCGGCCCCUUCGCCGCCGCCGGCAUCAUGGUGGGCUCCAUCUACUGGACUGCAGUCACCUACGGAGCGGUCACUGUCAUGCAGGUGGUGGGCCAUAAGGAGGGCCUGGACGUUAUGGAGCGGGCCGACCCUCUGUUCCUGCUCAUCGGCCUGCCCACCAUCCCCGUCAUGCUGAUCCUCGGCAAGAUGAUCCGCUGGGAGGACUAUGUCCUGCGUCUGUGGAGGAAGUACUCCAACAAGCUGCAGAUUCUCAACAGCAUCUUCCCAAGGAUCGGCUGCCCGGUUCCCCGCAUCCCGGCAGAGGCCAGCCCCUUGGCAGACCACGUGUCGGCCACGCGGAUCCUGUGCGGCGCCCUGGUCUUCCCCACCAUCGCCACCAUCGUGGGGAAGCUCAUGUUCAGCAGCGUCAACUCCAACCUGCAGAGGACCAUCCUGGGAGGCAUAGCCUUUGUGGCCAUCAAGGGGGCGUUUAAGGUGUACUUCAAACAGCAGCAGUACCUGAGGCAAGCCCACCGCAAGAUCCUGGACUUUCCUGAGCAGGAGGAAGUCUGAGGAGGCUGCGCAGUCCGGAGGGGAGGACAGCCGGACCAAACACACACACACACACGCGCACACACACGCACACACACGGGACUCGUGUUGGUGAAAACGGACUCCGUGUCAGGGUGAGCCUCCCUUAUGCCUCGACCCCUUCUGGAGCGAUUCAUCGCACGGCCGCUGACAUUCACGCAAGGAUCGCCACCGCCGCCACUACACGUUUUUAAACUUUUGACGCUUUUGGUAAAGUGAAGACGGAUAACACUCGUGGACGCCGACUGGAGCAUGUUUGCAGUCGGUGUGCGGUUAUAGACACACACGUCGGAACCAAGGAGUCGUGCUUGUGUGACUUUUGGGUGGAUUUGCUUCAGCCACCACAUAACUAACUCUUAUUGUAAACGUACUGUAUUUUAAAGAUUAAAAAGGCGGGCCAUGUGUAAUUUAGAAAGUUUUAUAAUAAUAAAUGGUUGUUUUAUAAUUAUUUCAAAGAUUUGAAAAGUCCCCCUUUGCCUGAGUUUGGGGUUUGUAUUAAAAUGCAACUGUUCAGUGUGGUGUCGAAUGUAUUAACCAUUAAACAAUAAAUGUAUAAAUCCUGGUGCAGUACGUUAACCCCAACCAGGAAGCAUCAAGAGAAAAACGUAUCUUAAAGAGACGAACCUAACCCACUGACCACAUGGGGGCUCUGAGACCCUGCAACUAUUUGAGGGCUCUUUGUUUUUGUUCACAGGCCUCGGCAGAGUUUGUCGUCUGUAGCUUUAUCUCAACAAAACGCUCGUCUGUGAUGUGUCCUAAAGCUACAGCACUUGGUCGAGCCUGUCGCCGUGAGACCGUUUACACCUGACUGGUGGACGCUUUUGGUCCUCGGAGCUUUUUUUUUUUUUUUUUUUUGAUGUGACCGGAUGUUGGACCGGAAAUCCUCUGAAAAGCUUCGGGAGACUCGCUCACCUGAUGGUCCAGCACUUUGCUCUGGGAAGAUGUGAAACUUUAUUUUUUUUUUUUUUUUACUUGAGCUACAAAUCCACUUUAUUCAGCCAGGUCUUCUUCUCACUACUGGCGAUAUCUAGCAAUGCAGAUAGUUUUGGAUUCAUUUGCCCGAGGUGUUUUCAUUUUUUAUUUUAUAUUCCUGCCUAUGCCUUUUUGAAUUUAUUUGCAACCAUUUCUUCAGAAAACCUAAAGCAACACCAAAGCACUUCUCUUCAGUCCCCCUACAGGUUGGAAGUGGAAUUGUCCUUUAUCCUUUAACUCUUAUGUCUCAUUCGAACUACAGAUAGUGCCGUUAUAGCCGUUGGAGGGCCGCAAAGCGAAUGCAGAAGUGCCGUUCACCCGGUUAAGAGUUGAUAAACCAGCAAAACUAUUUUGGAAACCAAUUUUAAGGUACAAAAGAAUCUUUGGUGUUUCUUUUAAGGAACAAGGUCUUUGGGACAGCCACAAUAAAAGUAGCAAUGGAAAUCUCAAAACCCGGACAAAUAAAACCAAAUACUGUAUCUGCAUGAGGUAUGUGAGAACAUGAGGCUUUUUGACGGUCGGUGAACAGCGCUAUAAGAUAAUAAAUGGGGUUGUUUUUCUUCAUUGGAAGCAUGCGUUUAACAAAGGAGCCAGGAAACAUCAGAAAAUGACUUCCUGUGUGUGAAAAGGCAUGACGUGUAGCCAACCCCCUUGGAAUAUUUAACCUGCCCAUAUAGCUGUGCCUGCUUUACAGAUGUUCUCAUACAAACCGCUUCCCCUGUACAUUCACUGUCAAGUGUCCAAUCUGCCAAAAGUAGUGUGGAAGAUGUGUCUGAGUUUUGAGUUCUAUGGUAUCAGUUCUGUGAAUAAAUGUAUUUUUCCAAAUGUUGA